AUUCAAUAUUUAACAUUCAUCUCGGUUCACGUUACAUAAAGAAGAAUAAAUAUAUUUUAUUACUAGAAAAACCAUGAGUCUUUUAAAAGGUACGAAGAUCAUUUGCAUCAGCGGGAGCAAGUAUUUGAAAGUGAUGGCGACAUAUUCUACUAAAGUUUCCCUCAAUGAGGUUGUAAUAGCAUCGGCCGUAAGGACCCCAAUUGGUUCUUUUAGGGGCAGUUUAGCCAGUCUUUCUGCCAGUGAACUCGGCGCUGUUGCUGUUAAAGCAGCGAUAGAGAGAGCCGGCAUUCCUAAGGAAGAAGUAAAGGAGGUCUAUAUUGGAAAUGUGUGUUCUGCAAAUCUUGGACAAGCUCCUGCAAGGCAAGCUGUUAUAUUUGCUGGACUUCCUAAAAGCACUGUAUGUACCACAAUUAAUAAAGUUUGUGCUUCUGGAAUGAAAUCAAUAAUGCUGGCAGCUCAGGGCUUACAAACUGGUGCUCAAGAUGUAAUUUUGGCUGGUGGAAUGGAAUCAAUGUCAAAUGUGCCCUUUUACUUGAAAAGAGGUGAAACCACUUAUGGUGGCAUGCAAUUAGUUGAUGGUAUAGUGUUUGAUGGGCUCACCGAUGUGUAUAAUAAAUUCCACAUGGGCAAUUGUGCAGAGAAUACUGCUAAGAAAUUAGAAAUCUCAAGACAGCAACAAGACGAUUAUGCCAUGUCCAGUUAUAAAAGAAGUGCAGCUGCAUAUGAAAGUAAGGCUUUUGCAGAUGAAUUAGUUCCUGUUUCUGUACCUCAAAAGAGAGGUGCUCCUCCAGUAUUAUUUACAGAAGAUGAAGAAUACAAAAGAGUAAAUUUUGAAAAGUUUACAAAACUGGCAACGGUAUUUCAAAAAGAAAAUGGGACAGUAACAGCUGGAAAUGCUUCCACAUUAAAUGAUGGUGCCGCAGCAUUAGUGUUAAUGACUGCUGAAGCAGCAAAGAGGUUAAAUGUUACUCCAAUUGCCCGUGUGGUAGGAUUUGCAGAUGGAGAGUGUGAUCCAAUUGAUUUCCCAAUAGCUCCUGCUGUUGCAAUUCCCAAACUUUUAGAAAAAACUGGUGUGAAGAAAGAUGAUGUUGCUCUCUGGGAAAUAAAUGAAGCAUUUAGUGUGGUUGCAGUAGCUAAUCAAAAACUACUAGAUUUAGAUCCUUCUAAGCUUAAUGUCCAUGGAGGUGCUGUAAGCUUAGGCCAUCCUAUUGGUAUGUCGGGAGCACGCAUUGUUGUUCACUUGUGUCAUGCAUUAAAAAAAGGAGAAAAAGGUGUUGCAUCUAUUUGCAAUGGAGGUGGUGGUGCAUCUUCUAUUAUGAUUGAAAAAUUACCUGAAGUUGUGCAAAGACCUCCCGUAUUAACUUUCUACACAAGAGACCCCUGCUCUCUAUGUGAUAUAGUUAUGGAGGAGCUCGAACCAUUUAAAGACAGGCUAUCUAUUCACAAAGUCUAUAUUACAGAUAAGGAUAAUCUGAGAUGGCUAAAACUGUACCGACAUGAUAUACCUGUAUUAUUCCUUAAUGGAAAGUUUCUAUGCAUGCACAAAUUGGACACGGAUUUGUUAGAGAGGAGGUUAAAAAUAAUUGAAAAUGAAUCCUAAAUCAUUUUAUUGUAUAAUAUUUUGUUAAGAUUUAUAUUAUUAUACUAGUCAUUUUAAUAUUCACAUGAUAAUGUAUAAAUAAAUUUAUAAUUUGGAUAAAGACAUGAACCAUACUGAAAUUAUGUUAUAAUUAUAUCUAUUGGUGGCUUAAGCGACCUAAGUAUUCACCCUGGGUCUCAGUGUCAAGAGGGUGCUACAAGCCCUUACAGUGCUUCGACCCAUGUUUAAUCUGAUGUCUUAGCUAUAUUUGGAUUACAAUCUUAGGUCUUCAUCACUACUUACGCAACAGGUAGAUGAUGGAGCCAAGGGCGGCUUUACUAAGCAAAAGGAUGGGGGUGUCGCAAAUUUUCUCCCAGGCGCAUGGAUGGCUAGAGCACCGUUAGUCAUCCGUGCGCCGUUAGUCUGGUUAUACAUGUUAUUGUUGCUAAAUCAAACAUUAUCGAAGUUUGAAAAUUUUAAAUAAGUAUUGUCGAAAUAUUAUUAAAAUAAAACCCCAAUGUUUCAAUAACAAAGACACAUUCAGUUUAAUGUUGUGUAAAACAGUGACAUUGUCUUACUGAUGCAUAGAAGUUAAAAGAUUGUGAGGGGGUAGUGUACGCAAUGGAGGGCGGGAGGGUGCUCUUCAAACUAGGUAAGAUACAUCAUUUUAUUUUAUUACGCGGAUAUAAGCAAAUUAAUUUUAAAGAUCUUUAACUUAAACAAGUGAUAUAAUUAAUUUUUUUUGUACAACCGACUUCAAUGUAAAUAAGAUGAGUACAUCAUCAAUGUAGUCGAAGUUAAUUAAGUGCGCAUUAUUAAGGAUAACUCAAAAACUACUGCUGAGACCAUGAUCAGAAUGAAUCAUGGGUCCACAUGAGAAGCACGACCUUCCAAAUGAAAAAGGAAUCAUCAAAGUCGGUUCACCCAUAAAAAGUUAUGAGGUAACACACAAAAAAAAUACAGUCGAAUUGAGUACCGCCUCCUUUUUGAUGUCGGUUAAUUAUCAUACCGCCUAUUUCCCGCGGUAUCAUGCCACGAACGCUGGUUGAGCUUGAGUUUCCUCGCUGUAUGGCUAUACUUAGCCUUUGAGCGAAAAAAGAACCAGCCCUCAUAUGGCCAGCAGCGAUGACCGAAUUCGUGGAGGAAUCGCGGAUUCAGUUCCUGUAGGAUAUUCACCGUAUGUGGACCCCACGGACCGAUAGUCUGUACAGUAAAUUGCACAAAGAUGUUUUAUAGGUCAAAUCGCACAAAUGUUUUCUCAUCUCUGUGACUCAUACUUGCGCCACUUAAUUCAGCUGUCUCUGAGGCCGCCUUAGCUCUAAACGAAGUACCCUGAGAUGAGAGGCUGCCAAAGUGUCUACGCAAGUAGCAUCCCACACUAGGGCUUUACCUCUCUCCCAAGGGAUCGAAGUCAUACCGUCUAAUCUCUUGCCAUCAUCUCAUUCUCAUUCAAAGAACCACAAAGAACCAUGACGGGACAACCUACAAGCAGAUUUCUUACAUGAAAAGUGUUUAAGUAAGUUUGUGAACCACAGGUACAAAAAAGCUAACGACAAUUUAAAGUAUGGAAGGUAGUAAAUUAAGCAGAACAUAAUUUGAAGUAGAACUUAUUUAUUCUGUGGUAGAACUGAAACAAUAGGUGUUGCAAUAGUAAUUGAUUACAACAUUAACAUAAUUGAAAUUCCGUCAGUCACCGUUAAGACCAGUUUUUAUGUGGUUAAUACAUCGAUAAAAAACUAGAAACGCAAUCAGUGACAAAAAAUGUCCUUACCGAAUGAGCGUCGACUCGAACAUUUGGGUGCGCUUUUAAUUUGUACGUAGUUUUGUGAAUAUAACUUUAGGCAAUGUUUUUAAGGUUGAAUUUACAUUAAUGUAUAUUUAUUUCAACUAGAAUUACGUCAAAACAAUUGGCGACAGUUUUUAAGGCGGACUUAUCUCUUGUAAUUUCUUUCGCUCUUACAUUAAGAAAUUGUUUAUUAUAUAUACCUACAUAUAAUAAAAAUGUAAAUAGCAGGUGUCUGUACAUUUUAUAUUUUUGUAAUAAAAGUGAUUGAGAGAUACU